AUGAUGAAUAUUUCAAAGUGUAGUUAUUGUUAAAAAGUUCCUGAUGACAUCCUAAUGUUAACAUGUAAUCAUGACCUUUGUUUGGAUUGUGCUGCAAAAUCAUUUUCAACUUAACAAGCAAAAAAGAACAAAAAAGUAUAAUAGUUUGAAAAUAUUAUAAAGUUUUUUGUAUGUGAUAUUUGUUAGUUGAAAACUGAAUUAGAUUCUAAUAGUGUUUAUGAAUUAGAGAAAAUUCAUUUAGCAUAAACAUUAUAAGAUAGAUCUAAUAGAAAACCUGUUCUUGUAUAAAAAAACAAUAUUAGUUCUGAAAAGUAAGUGAAGUCUAAAUCCUAAACUCGAUAAGAUAAUAAAGAGAAUUAAAAAGAAAAGACUAUAAAAUUUGCAAUAUAGAAUCCAGAAGCAAAAUCAUCGUUUCAUUUAUCAUAACGACAAAUGAGUAAACAUUAAAGUGAAAAUUCAUUUAUUCAACAUUCAAGAGAAUAAUGUUUUGAUCAUCCUGAAGAAGAUGUUUCUUAUUUUUGUUUUGAUUGUAAUAGUAGAUGUAUAUGUCCUGAAUGUAUAAUUCAUGGAAUUCAUAAAAAUCAUGAGGUUAAAACAAUAAAGAAAUCAUAUCCAUUAAUUAGAAAACAAUUAGAAAAUUAAAUUGAAUAAAAUGAAUAAUAAAUAACUUAGAUAGAGAAUUAAAGAUAAGAUUUAGAAAAAAAGUAAGUUCAAUAAACCUCAAUUUAAGAGCACAUGAGACUUUAAAUAGCAUAAGAAUUUUAAGUAAUUUUAGAUUUACAAUUAGGUUUUACAUUAAUUAUUGAAUAAUAAAUAAAAUGAAUUAUUAGAUAAAGUUUGUAAUCUUCCUUCAAUAAUAGAUUAAUAAGAGAAUUAUAUUAAUAGAUUAAAUGAUAUUCAAAUAAAACUUUAAAACCUAAAUGAUAAAAUUUAUUAGAUAAUUGAAUAAAAGAGUGAAAUUGAGUUACUCAAUUAUUAUGGAUAUAUAUAGACUUAAACUACUCCUUAAAUUCCAUCAUCUCCUAAUAUUAAAAUAAUCUAAUUAUCAAAUUUAAUUUUCUCAUAAAUUAAUGAUGCUAAAAAAAUGA